UUCUGAUUCAGACAUUGUAUAAAUGAAAGGACAGUAAGAAGAGCGAAACAAAUUUCUAAAAGAAGGAGACUCACUCAUGGCCUAUGAGACAGAGGAUCAUGAAUACUGCUUUCCUGCCAUCAACUCAUCAUGUAUCAAGGGAAAACACUUCAGACAUGAAUACAAUAUCAUGUUUGUGUUCAUAUCAUUGCUGUCAGCAUGGACUUUGUUUGUGAACCUGCUGGUGAUCAUCUCCAUCUCUCACUUCAAGAAGCUUCACACUCCAACCAACCUGAUCAUUCUCUCUCUGGCUGUGGCUGACCUUCUUAUUGGACUUGUCAUGCCCAUAGAGGCCAUCAGGCUCGCUGAGAUGUGUUGGUACUUUGGUCACACUUUCUGUGGACUCUAUUUAAUAUUUAUUACAGUGCUUCUUUCAGCAUCUAUUAGCAAUUUAGUUUUAAUAGCUAUUGAUCGUUAUGUGGCUGUGUGUCACCCUUUACUGUACCCACAGAAAAUAACAACGACUAAAACUGCAAUAAGCAUCUGUCUGAGCUGGGUUUACUCCUCAACUUAUAACUCUGCCUUUUUAAUUAAAGGAUAUUUUGACACUUCAGUCAGAACAGACAUGUGUUAUGGAGAGUGUUCUGUUACAAUGGAUUUUACCUGGAUAGUCACUGAUCUGUUCAUGUCUUUUAUUUGUCCUUGUAUCCUGAUCAUAACUUUAUAUUUGAGGAUUUUUUAUGUAGUACAUCAGCAAGUGAAAGUUAUAAACUCUCAGAUGAAUGGGAAAUGUGUAAUGGAAGGUUCAGUGAGGAGAAAAUCUGAGCGCAAAGCUGCUCUGACAUUAGGAAUCAUUGUGACAAUUUAUCUGCUGUGCUGGAUUCCGUACUAUAUCUGUUCUGUAUCAGUAACCUCUUCUACAACCAUAAACAUUUUGACAUGGGUUGUGUAUGUUAACUCAGGUAUGAAUCCUCUGGUCUAUGCUUUAUUUUAUCCCUGGUUUAAAAAGACUGUUAAACAUGUCUUAACUCUGAAAAUAUUUCAGCCAGCAUCCUCUCUGGUCAAUAUUUUUACAGAACAUCAAUUAUAAUUGUAAACUGGUAAAGCUGUCACUUAUAAAGGUUGAUAUGAUUAUCUUUGAAUGAUUUCUAUUUCUAAUUUAAACUACAUGUAUCUUAAUAGUAUGUAGCUCAUUUCAGAGAGUAUGUUUGCUGCAUUUGAUGUUGAAAAGCAUAUAUUGUCCAAAUUGAACAAUUAAGUAAACUUUACAUACACACAUUGAGUGACGAAAUGUUCACAAAUUGUAUUGAAUUUGCUCAUUAAAUAAACUGAGCAGCGUAAAUCCUCAGUAUACUGGAAUAAAUGAUAAAGGUAGAUAUGAGCUUUAUGCUUAAUAUCAGUCAUGUUGUAUCUGUGUUAUUAUAGAUCAAAAACACAAUGACAAAAGACUGUCAUGUAGAACUAAACUCAGCAAAAAAAGUAGUGUCCUCUAUCUUUCAGCUGCUGUUAUUUUCAGAAAAUGUCAUAACGUAUAAAUAUUUGUAUGAA